UUUUUCUUGUGUUUUCACAAAUUUUUCUCCAAUUCCAUGCUUCACUUUUCCUAAAAAGCCCAGAAAGUAAAAGAGGAUAGAGACAGAAAGUUUAGAGGCUGGCCUUGGCCUAAAUCUUUGCUUCAAAGCAGAAAAAGAGGGGAAAGAGAUCCCAAAUAAAUACAAGGGGAGGGACAUUAGUGCAGAAUAAGGAGUUGGGUUUGAACUUACCAGGUUGGCGUAACAUAUAACUAAAAGACGCGUGGCUAGCAGGGAGAGGGAGAAGAGUGUUUGAUUCAAGAAAACGACUGGCUCAGCUAAACUCCUAAAGAGGCUUCCAAUUUGAUUUGGUAGCAGCCAUCACAUGUCAAACACGGAAGCGGACCACGAGGUUUUACCCGUACUCGCUGCCCUAUUAAUCCAUUAUUAAUAAUAAUUAUUUUUCAAAACUUUUAAAUGACCUACUGCUACAUAAGCGGGUAUAACUUUAUUUAGUAAUCGCGAAAAGAGCCUGAAAAACAAACAAAGGCUCAAAUUUCUCACCUCCGCUCGUUUAUAUCAUGCAAAAAGAACAUACCCAAAAUUAAUUUUCAAAGCUUUUAAAUGACCUACUGCUACAUAAGCGACCAUAACUUCACGAAAAGAGCCUAAAAAAACAAAACACCCACAAGUUUCCCACUUUCGCCUGUUUAUAACAUGUGAAAAGAACACGCCCAAAAUUAUUUUCCAUUUGUCUUCAAAACCUCCCAAGAGCCUCUAAAUAUAAAAGCUUUAACUUAGCAUUCAAAAAGAAAAAAUAAAACCCCAAGAAAGAAAAAAAUGAGCGGUACUUUGCGUAGAAAAGCAGACAUCGCUCGUCUGUUACACAAGCAACCAUUCACCGACUUCACUGACCCAAUCCACCCCUUUCGGAAUCAAACACAGAAACAAACCAGACAGUAUUUUCGGUUCUCAAAUGUUCUAAGAAAAGUGAGAGAAUAUGAGAUCUCCUCUUCUCUUUUUUAUUCUUCUUCUUCAUCUCCUUCUUCGACGGGGAAGUUUGGGUUUGUUACCUGGUAUUUAGGAAUGGUGACUUCAUGCCCCGUUUUAACAAAAAGCAUUACUUGCUCGCUUAUCAAUACAGCUGCUGAUUUGUCUUCUCAGACAAUUUCGAAGCCAUCUUCGGAACCUUAUGAUUUUGUGAGGACGUUACGUAUGGCUGGAUAUGGGAUGUUAAUAUUAGGACCAUCAGUGCAUUUUUGGUUCAACUUAAUGUCAAAACUCUUCCCAAAGAGGGAUUUGAUCACUACUUUUAAGAAAAUGGCCAUGGGUCAGCUACUUUUUGGGCCUGCCAUGACUGUUGUUUUCUUCUCCUCGAAUGCACGUCUAAAAGGUGAAAGUGGUGAAGAAAUUGUUGCCAGAUUAAAGCGUGACUUGCUCCCUACAAUGUUAAAUGGUGUCAUGUACUGGCCCUUUUGUGAUUUUAUCACCUUCAGAUUCAUUCCAGUUCAUUUGCAGCCGCUGGUGAGCAAUUCAUUCUCGUAUUUAUGGACUGUCUAUGUGACAUACAUGGCAAGUCUAGAGAAACCAGCCACAAUUACCAGCUGAUUGAUCUGCUGCUAUCACUUCCCUUGUGUACGAGAUCCGACUUUCUACAACAGAUAGAAGAUCCCAAAAAAAUUAUGCGCUCACUGGAAUCUAGUCCUAAUAUAAUAGUGCAAGCAUGCUUAAAGCGAAAUUUACAGGGAUGACUUAUCUCGUUUUAGUUGUGAAUUUUCGUCCCUCCCCUUCUUCCACCUUAAAUAUUGUAAUUUUAGAAUUUGAUGCAAAAAUCUAGUGAUAGAAAGGAUAUUGAAGCACUUUGUAAAGACACUAUUCGCUGUUAUAAACUCUGAAGAGUAUUAUUCUAUGAAAU